UCAAGAAAAGCAGCAUUGAGAUUUCAGCGAACAGUGUUAAGAGACCAAAACAUGUGUAGCUCCUAUUGGAAAACAUGCUGUCCCCAGUAAGCACGAUGUGUCUGUUUGAUGGGGUGACAUCUAGCUGAGUUCUAGCAAAAGCAUCGGUGGAAUCCACAGCUUAAAUACGGAUAGUAGCCUACAAUAAGCACGAGCGUUCAGCGAGACGAGAUUUGAACGCGCUGCUGCAGAAGAUCAGCGGACGGCUGUCUGAGAUCUAUUUAACAACACUUCUUUGUUUCUCCGUGUAAUCACGGUUUGCUUUCGUCUUAAAUAUGGCGAGCGAUUCUCCGGUUCGGACUCUGAAUGAAAUAGACCUCUCCGCGUUAAGGGACCCUGCAGGAAUAUUUGAGCUGGUGGAGCUGGUGGGCAAUGGCACGUAUGGUCAGGUGUACAAGGGCCGACAUGUCAAAACAGGUCAACUGGCUGCCAUCAAGUGCAUGGAUGUCACAGGGGAGGAAGAUGAGGAGAUCAAAGCGGAGAUCAACAUGCUGAAGAAAUACUCUCACCACAGGAACAUUGCCACCUUCUAUGGUGCCUUCAUUAAAAAGAACCGUAUCGGUGUGGACGACCAGCUAUGGCUGGUGAUGGAGUUCUGUGGCGCAGGCUCAGUGACAGACCUGAUCAAGAACACCAAGGGCAACUCGCUGAGGGAAGACUGGACUGCCUACAUUAGCAGAGAGAUCCUCAAGGGGCUCAGUCAUCUCCACCAACACAAAGUCAUCCACAGAGACAUCAAAGGACAGAAUGUGCUGCUAACAGAGAACGCGGACGUCAAACUAGUGGACUUCGGUGUGAGUGCACAGCUGGACCGCACCGUGAGCCGCAGGAACACUUUCAUCGGCACUCCUUAUUGGAUGGCACCAGAGGUCAUCGCGUGUGAUGAGAAUCCUGAUGCUACGUAUGACUUUAAGAGUGACCUGUGGUCGUUGGGAAUCACAGCCAUAGAGAUGGCCGAUGGUGCCCCACCCCUUUGUGAUAUGCACCCAAUGAGAGCCCUGUUUCUGAUCCCUAGAAAUCCUGCUCCUCGGCUCAAGUCCAAGAAGUGGUCUAUAAAGUUCCAUAAAUUCAUUGAGUGCUGUCUUGUGAAAAACCACAACAAGAGGCCCAGCACAGAGCAGCUGCUCAAACAUCCCUUUGUCCAUGAACUGACCAGUGAGAGACAGAUCCGCAACCAACUCAAGGACCACAUCGACCGCACCAAGAAGAAGAGAGGCGAGAGAGAUGACACCGAGUACGAGUACAGUGGGAGUGAAGAGGAGGAAGAGAAGCAUGACAUUGGAGAAUCCAGCUCUAUCAUUAACAUGCCCGGAGAGUCCACUCUGAGGCGGGAUUUCCUACGGCUGCAGCUGGCCAAUAAAGAUCAACCCGAGGACCUGCUCAGACAACAGCAGCUGGAACAACAGCAGAAUGAGGAACACAAGCGCCAACUACUGGCAGAGAGACAGAAACACAUCGAGGAAGAAAAAGAACAGCGGCGGCGUUUAGAAGGGGAGUAUAUCCGUCGUCAGUUGGAGGAGGAACAGAGACAGCUCGAGAUCCUGCAGCAGCAGCUCUUGCAAGAGCAGGCACUCUUACUGGAGUAUAAACGUAAACAGCUGGAGAAACAGAGACAGGCCGAGAGAUUGCAGAGACAACUCAAGCAAGAGAGGGAUUACCAACAGCAGAUAGACUCAAGACAUCCAGAGAAGAAGCAACUCUACCACUACAAAGAUGCCGACAAACUCAGCGACAAACCUGCCUGGGCCCAAGAGGUCCAUCUUCAGCUCUUGAAAGCUAGCCAACCCAUCUACACCAAGCAUUCCUCAUCCCCAUCCCGUCAGCGUCACCCCCCCCACCGGACCCACUCAGACCCAACUAAACUGUUUCUCCCUUUAAGUGAAAGGAUCAAAAAACAUUUACAGCAGAAGCAGCAGCAGCAGCAUCACCCCAACUUCCAUGUCUCAGGCCAGCAAGGAAGUCGAUUGAACAUUAGCCAGCAGGAGCGACAGUUUAGGGUCUGCCAUAAGGCUGGGCAUCAUGCCCGCAGACGCAAGCCAAACCCAGUCAUCACCAAACCGGUUGAGGAACGCUCUAAACUGAACCGCCUGAGCUCUCCUGCCCUGCAGCAUAAAGUGGCUAACCGUAUCUCUGACCCUUCCCUUCCGCCGCGCUCGGAGUCCUUUAGCAGUGGGGGUAUGCAGCCGGCACGGACCCCUCCUAUCCACCGCCCUGUGGAGCCUCAGAUGGCUCAUUUGGUUCCAGUGAGGUCCCAUAGCUCCUCUCUGUCGGUCUCCCAGUCCUUGCAUGAUCCGUCAGCCAAAGGUGUUUCAGCCUUCCAGGAGAUCCUGGUGUCCCCUCGGCCAGAGAUGCCACGGCAGAACUCCGACCCGACUUUAGAGAUACCCCCUCCGGCCCCUCGCAUGGCCAGCCGCGAGGAAAAGCCUGACUGCAGUUCCCCCUGGCUAAUGGAAGAUGACAUUCCUCCCAAGUUGUGCAGUACUACCCAGGUGCCCCAACGGACCACUUCUAUCUCCCCUGCUCUGGUCAGGAAGAACUCUCCUGGAAAUGGAGAGUCUGGUCUGGCCUCUCUGGCCUCUCUGCUCAUCCGCACCAGUAAUCCAGACCUGAGGAGGACAGAGCUGUCCCUGGAUGUGGCUCUGCAGAGAACAAGCAGUAACAGCUCAUCCAGCUCCAGCACACCCAGCUCUCAGGGCUGCUCCAUGCCUGGAUCCAGUGGGAGGAACCAGCAGAAAGGCUCUGGUAAAUCAGAAGGAUCUCCAGUGGCAUUACAGGAGACUUCCAAACCCACUCAGGAUGAAAGCAGAGAUUUGAACAAACCUGGUCGACCUGCGGAUCUGACUGCCCUGGCUAAAGAACUGAGGGAGUUGCGAAUAGAUGAGAUCAACCGGCCGCCCCUUAAACUGACCGACUACUCUUCCUCUAGUGAGGACACUGAGAGCAGUGAGGAUGAGGAUGGUAUUGUGGGGCAUGACGGCACAGUGCCAGUCAGUGACAUCCCCAGGAUCAUGCCGUCUGUUCGGAGAAAUAAUGGGUCUUUCACAAGCAGCCACGACGAGUCCUUUGGCGACUCCUACAAUGCUGAGUCUAAAGAUGGCACCCUAAGAAUGAGAGAGAGCAAUGAAAAGCAACGCUUGGGCCACAGUGAGAGCAAUGGUUUCGCAGGCCACGGGAACUUACCAGACCUGGUGCAGCAAAGCCACUCCCCAUCAGGAACUCCAACAGGCCUUAAUUCCCAGCACCUAGACUCUAUGGAUGAGUUUUGUCAUGGAGGUGGUUCGAAAGCUUCUUUCACCCCGUUUAUGGACCCAUGUGUAUAUCAGAGCUCCCCCACAGACGACAACGAUGAGAGCUCAGCCGCUUUUUUUGCUAAUGAGCUGUUGCAUCAGGAACAGGCCAAACUGAACGAGGCUCGCAAGAUCUCUGUGGUCAAUGUCAACCCCACCAACAUCAGACCUCACAGCGACACCCCAGAGAUCCGCAAGUACAAGAAGCGCUUCAACUCCGAGAUCCUGUGUGCUGCUCUAUGGGGUGUGAAUCUCUUGGUGGGCACUGAGAACGGUUUAAUGCUGCUGGACCGCAGUGGUCAGGGCAAGGUGUAUAACCUCAUCACUCGCCGACGCUUCCAACAGAUGGAAGUUCUAGAAGGUCUAAAUGUCCUGGUCACCAUAUCAGGGAAGAAAAACAAGCUGCGUGUCUACUAUUUGUCAUGGCUGAGAAACAGGAUACUGCACAAUGAUCCGGAGGUAGAGAAGAAACAGGGCUGGAUCACUGUUGGGGAUCUGGAAGGCUGUAUUCACUAUAAAGUUGUGAAAUACGAGAGAAUUAAAUUCCUGGUGAUCGCACUGAAGAACUCUGUAGAGAUUUAUGCAUGGGCCCCCAAGCCGUACCAUAAAUUCAUGGCAUUCAAGUCGUUCACAGAGCUGCAACACAGGCCUCAGCUGGUGGACCUGACAGUAGAAGAGGGUCAAAGGUUAAAGGUCAUCUAUGGCUCUAGUGUGGGCUUUCAUGUCAUAGAUGUGGAUUCUGGAAACCCUUAUGACAUCUACAUACCAUCACAUAUCCAGAGCAGCGUGACCCCUCAUGCCAUCGUGGUGCUUCCUAAGACUGAUGGCAUGGAGAUGCUGCUGUGUUAUGAAGAUGAGGGCGUUUAUGUCAACACCAACGGCAGAAUCACCAAGGACGUGGUCUUGCAGUGGGGAGAGAUGCCCACCUCUGUUGCUUAUAUCCACUCCAACCAGAUCAUGGGCUGGGGAGAGAAAGCCAUUGAGAUCCGCUCUGUUGAAACGGGCCACCUGGACGGGGUUUUCAUGCACAAGAGAGCUCAGAGACUCAAGUUCCUCUGUGAGAGGAAUGACAAGGUGUUCUUUGCCUCGGUCCGAUCAGGCGGUAGCAGUCAAGUGUUCUUCAUGACGCUGAACAGGAACUCUUUGAUGAACUGGUGAAGCUCCCGCAGACCCAACACCGUGGAGCCUUUUUCCUGUCAGCAGUACAUUGCAGGCG